UACAGUGGAGUAGAGUUGUUGUCGGAGAGGGAGGAGGAAGGCAGAGAGUAGACAGAAGGGAAAGCGAGAGUGUAAAAAAUAGCAUAGGUAGAAGGAAAUAUAAAGCAAUGAUGGCAUCGGGGGAUACCCUGUACAUAGAGACGGACGGGUCAGAAAUGCCUGCCGAAAUAGUGGAACUGCACGAAAUUGAAGUUGAGACAAUCGAGACAACAGUUGUUGGAGACGACGGGGAACACCAGCCUAUGAUCGCCUUACAGCCUCUUGACACGGAUGAUCCAAACUCCCUUCACCCGCAUCAGGAGGUGAUUUUAGUGCAAACACGAGAGGAGGUUGUGGGCGAGGAUGACUCUGAACUGCACACAGAUGAUGGUUUUGAGGACCAAAUUCUUAUCCCAGUGCCCGCUGUGGAGGAGGACUUUAUCGAACAGACUCUCGUUACAGUCGCGGGGAAAAGCUCCUCGACAGGCCGGAUGAAGAGGGCUGGAAGCGGAAAGAAAGCUGGCAAAAAGAGCUACCUAAGCGGCGGAGAAAUGGGCAGAAAGUGGGAGCAGAAGCAGGUCCAGAUAAAGACUUUGGAGGGGGAGUUUUCUGUUACUAUGUGGGCAUCGGAUGACAAGAAAGACAUAGACCAUGAAGAGCAGAUCACAGGAGAAAACUCUCCUCCUGAUUAUUCUGAAUACAUGACAGGGAAGAAGCUUCCUCCCGGAGGAAUCCCAGGCAUUGACCUGUCCGACCCCAAACAGCUGGCAGAGUUUGCAAGAAUGAAGCCAAGAAAAGUAAAAGAGGACGAUGCACCCAGGACGAUAGCCUGUCCACACAAAGGAUGUACCAAGAUGUUCAGGGACAAUUCGGCCAUGAGGAAGCACUUGCAUACCCAUGGGCCUCGUGUGCACGUCUGCGCUGAGUGUGGCAAAGCCUUUGUGGAGAGUUCCAAACUGAAGAGGCAUCAACUCGUACACACGGGAGAGAAACCUUUCCAGUGCACAUUCGAGGGCUGCGGGAAGCGGUUCUCCCUGGACUUUAACUUGCGCACACAUGUGCGUAUUCACACUGGAGACCGCCCGUACGUCUGCCCCUUCGACGGCUGCAACAAAAAAUUUGCUCAGUCAACCAACCUUAAGUCUCACAUCCUCACACACGCCAAAGCCAAAAACAAUCAGUGAGCCGGCUCGGAUAAACACCAGAAUGUGAGCGAACACUGGAGGACUUGACCUGCAUCUCCACUUCUUGACAGAGAAACAAGUUAUGCUUUGUUGUGAGAGAAGAAGUCCCCUUUGUUUCUCCUUUAGAAGACAGGUUUUAAUGGACUUUUCUGAAACUCUUUUGAUAUUCGUACGGAGAUUUGAACUAGGAACUCGUGAGAAUCCUGACCCCCUCAGGCAUCCUACCUUCCUUUGGCGCUACCUGGAUGGAGCAAUUUCCAGUUUCUUCUUGUGAAGAUGUUAAUUCAUGGUUCUGCACCUAAAAAACUUAUUUAUACCUUAUCUCAGCCAGUUCAGAGUUUUUGCAGUUAUGGUCAAAUUUGCAUUAAUCCUCCAAAAAGACACCUUUUCAAUUUUGUACUUUCCCUAAGUGUGCAUAUUGUACACUGUUUGACAUAAGCUCUGUGGUAAUGUAUGUAGUGGGACAGCCCCCGUAGACCUCUAAAGAAGAGGUUUCACACGUUUCCCCGUCAUGUGAGUGUGUUUCAAAGGGGGAGCUGGGUGAUCUUUCAUAAUUUCAUUUUGUACAACGCAAUAUCAGAAUCAUGUAGAUAAUAGCCAUGUGAUUUCCAAUAGUGAUAACUGAUUAAAAUGUUUUUCCUCCUUGCA